CACUUCAGAAUUACCUUUCAAGAUGUUUCGGAUCAUUCAAACGUCUGUCAACCGUGCUUGGGAAAAUUACAAAUGGAGUCAUUGUUCUCAGUAAAAAUCUGCAUUUUUCUUCUAGGGACAACAAAGACCACACUUUUACAUUACCCCUGGGAGGGGUUUGAGGUUGAUUACUGAAAUAUUGAACCCCUAAUCUAGACUAUAAGGACCAUAUUAUGCACACGAAUAUGGUAGAUAUGAGUGUCUCUGGAGCAAAAUUCUGUGUGGACAGGAUAAUACUGGAUCAAAUAAACCUGGAUGAAGUAGCCCAAUGGCAGGAUGAAAUCCAAGGGCCCUCUUUGAAAGAGAAGAUCCGUGACUCUAUGAGAUGCUCUGUGAGGUGCAUCUGGAUUUGGAUAAUAACAUGGAUUCCGGUUCUAUCCUGGAUUCCCAGUUAUUCCAUUCGGGAAAAUGCUCUUGGUGACCUGGUUUCGGGUGUCAGUGUGGGAAUCAUGCACCUGCCUCAGGGUAUGGCGUAUGCUCUUCUGGCUUCUGUUCCACCUGUCUUUGGUCUCUACACCUCCUUCUAUCCUGUACUGGUUUACUUCAUCUUUGGCACAUCUAGACACAUCUCAAUAGGAACCUUUGCUGUGAUAAGUUUAAUGAUAGGCAGCGUCUCCGAGCGACUGGCUCCUGAUGAUCACUUUCUGAUCAAUGGUACAAACGGAUCGAUCAUAGUGGAUACGGAGGUGCGAGACGAGCUACGGGUAAAAGUAGCAGCAACGACGACGGUACUUUGUGGCAUAUUUCAGGUUUUGUUGGGUCUGGUACGGUUCGGGUUUGUGGUGACAUAUCUCUCUGAGCCGUUGGUUCGGGGUUACACGACAGGCGCAGCCACUCAUGUGAUCAUCUCUCAGCUCAAAUACAUGUUUGGAGUGUCACCCAGAAGAUUCACUGGACCCCUGCAGCUGAUUUAUACUCUGUUGGACCUCGGCAGUUUAUUACCCCAAACACAUGUACCCACUCUGAUGGUCACUCUGGUGUCUCUCAUAGUUUUGAUCAUUGUCAAAGAGAUAAACUCCUGCUACAGUCACAAACUACCUCUUCCUAUACCAAUAGAGCUCAUGGUGAUUAUUGCAGGGACUCUUAUUUCGCAUUAUAUUGGUCUCAGAGAUGUUAAUGGUGUUGAUGUGGUGGGAGAGAUUCCAAAUGGGUUGGCCCCGCCCACCAUCCCAGAGAUAUCUUUCUUCUCCUCGAUUGUAGGAGAUGCAUUUGCUGUAGCUGUGGUUGGUUAUGCCAUCAACAUUUCUCUGGGCAAGACAUUUGCUCUUAAACAUGGAUAUAAAGUAGACAGCAAUCAGGAAUUUGUAGCAUUGGGGCUCAGCAAUACAAUUGGUGGGUUGUUUCAGUGUUACGCUGUCACGUCCUCCAUGUCACGAAGUCUUGUCCAGGAAAGCACUGGGGGAAAGACACAGGUUGCUGGUGCAAUAUCGGCUAUUAUUGUACUUAUUACUGUUUUGAAGCUUGGUCCGCUAUUUCAGGAGCUGCCCAAAGCUGUGCUGUCCACCAUCGUGUUUGUAAAUCUGAAGGGAAUGUUCAUGCAGUUUCGGGAUAUUCCUGUUCUAUGGAAGAGCAACAGAGUAGAUCUGCUGGUGUGGCUUGUGACGUUUCUCUGUACUGUUCUGCUGAAUCUGGAUCUGGGUUUGGUGGCGUCCAUUGCCUUCAGUCUUCUGACUGUGAUCUUCAGGACCCAGCGUCCACAAUAUUCUUUACUUGGUAGGGUGCCAGGCACAGAACUGUACUUAGAGACAGAGUCAUAUAAGGAGGCCAAAGAAAUCACAGGUAUCACUAUCUUCCGGUCCUCUGGUAUGAUUUACUACGCCAAUGCUGAACUCUAUCAAGAAGCCCUACUGGAGAAGAGUGGAAUCAAUUUUCCAAAGCUUCGCAAGCUGAAAAAGAUGAGAGAGAAACAUGCCAAGAAGACAAGAAAGAGACAAAUGAAUGAAGAAGAUAAACAGAGUGGAGUUUUGAGAGAGUUAGCAAACCGAAUGGUGAUCUCAAUGAAGAAUAUGAGCGACUCUGCACGAGCACGUCGACACGAGACUGACCGUGAAUGCAUUAUAGAUGAAUACGGGAUAUCAACAGUUGACAUGGACCAAGAUUUCCAGCCAGAGCAGAUCUCCGGAAAGAUGGAUAAACACUCCAUCAUCCUGGACUUCAGUACUGUCAGCUUCAUUGACACAGUCACCCUAAAAACACUGACAAAUAUAUUUCGAGAUUUUGCAGAAGUGGACAUCACUGUUUACAUAGCUGGAUGUCAAGGGUGUGUAGUUCAACAGUUAGAGCGAGGGAGAUUUUUCACAGACUCUGUCACCAAAAAUCGACUUUUCCCAUCUAUCCAUGAUGCUGUGCUGCACUGCCUCUCACAGUCUAGGAGAGAUCUGCCCACAUCUGAGGUUACACUGGAGAUGCCCGGCACUACCAGAUUAUGACCAGCAGAUAUCAGUCUACCCUGCCUCCCCGGUGCUGUGCUGCAUUGAUAUAGGACCCUGCAUUUCCAUGACAACAUACAUGGCUGCUGUGAUGAAUUAAGUGUGUGUGUGUGUGUGUGUGUGUGUGUGUGUGUGUGUGUGUACCUGGUAAUUAUCAGGUUGUGGGGACCAAUUGUCCCCACAAAGAUAGGAAUACCUGUAUUUUUGUGACCUUGUGGGGAAAUUUUGAUGUCCCCAUGAGGCAACAAGCUUAUAAAUCAAACAAAAUUAUGUUUCUUGAAAAUGUGAAGUAGUAGAAGGGUUUCUGUGAUGGUUGGGGUUAGGGAAUGGGGCGGGUAAUGGGAAUAGAAUAUACAGUUUGUACGGUAUAAAAUGCAUUAUGUCUAUGAAAUGUCCCCACAAAACAUGGAAACCAGAAUGUGUGUGUGUGUGUGUGUGUGUGAGAGAGAGAGAGACAGAGAGAGAGAGAGAGAGAGAGAGAGAGAGAUUGUAUUAUAUUGAUGAAUGUUAGAUUUAUUUGGUUUAUAUUGUUUAUAAAAUGCAAAUAUAAAACUUUUGAACUUUUUUUCACAAUUAUCUUUUGUUUAUAAAAUGCAAAUAUUGAACUUUUGAACUUUUUCUCAAUUAUAUUUUGUUUAUAAAAUGCAAAUAUAAAACUUUUGAACUUUUUUUCACAAUUAUCUUUUGUUUAUAAAAUGCAAAUAUUGAACUUUUGAACUUUUUUCUCAAUUAUAUUUUGUUUAUAAAAUGCAAAUAUAAAACUUUUGAACUUUUUUCUCAAUUAUCUUUUGUUUAUAAAAUGCAAAUAUUAAACUUUUGAACUUUUUUCUCAAUUAUAUUUUGUUUAUAAAAUGCAAAUAUUAAACUUUUGAACUUUUUUUCUCAAUCUUUUGUUUUUAAAAUGCAAAUAUGAAACUGUUGAACUUUUUUCUCAAUUAUAUUUUGUUUAUAAAAUGCAAAUAUGAAACUUUUGAACUUUUUUUUCAAUUAUAUUUUGUUUAAAAAAUGCAAAUAUUAAACUUUUGAACUACUUUUCUCAAUUAUCUUUUGUUUAUAAAAUGCAAAUAUUGAACGUUUGAACUUUUUUCUCAAUUAUAUUUUGUUUAUAAAAUGCAAAUAUAAAACUUUUGAACUUUUUUUCUCAAUUAUCUUUUGUUUAAAAAAUGCAAAUAUUAAACUUUUGAACUUUUUUUCUCAAUUAUCUUUUGUUUAUAAAAUGCAAAUAUUAAACUUUUGAACUUUUUUUCUCAAUUAUAUUUUGUUUAUAAAAUGCAAAUAUGAAACUUUUGAACUUUUUUUCUCAAUUAUCUUUUGUUUAUAAAAUGCAAAUAUGAAACUUUUGAACUUUUUUCUAAUUAUCUUUCCCCCCUUUGUGACAGACUAAAGACUGGCAUUGUUUUUUUAAUGUGAAUGCAUUACAAGUGUAUAUUGUAGUGGAUCUGUCACUGGGGCAGUAUCCUUUGAAAAGGUCCUACUAUAUACAAUUUAGGUACAUACUGUAUAUGUAUACAUUUGGUACCGCUAUGUACCUCUGGAUUACUAAUAUGACCUGUUUAGGUGCAAAGGUGUAAGGGUACGACCCCAGUGACAGCUAGGGACCAUUUUUUUGGCAGUGCUUAUACCCCUUACACAUAAAGUUAAUGUAAGAUAUUGUUGGCUGGUCCUGUUUUAAUCUCAGUCCACUUUUCUUUGCUGACUUGUUUUGUGGAGGGUUUAAAGUGCUUAUCCCAUUCCAGACCCCACGAAAUCCCAAGGCAACACAUUGCAGGCAGUUCAGUUAAUCAGAUUUAACAUUGUUUAACACACACAGGGGCUGGUGUGGUGGACAGAAUGACUUUUGCCCAAUAUAUACAUUUUCACCACUGGUCUCUCUUUGAAAUAUGGUUGUAUUUUAUUAGUUUGUUGUAAUGUAAGUGGAGAUUUACGUCCACAGUUUAUCACAGUUCAAGUGCAGGCUAAAGAAUUAAAUAAAGGCAUAUGUUGUUUCUUA